UUGAAUAGCAUGGAUUUCUAAUUUUAUUUUGCGACGCUCGCGCACGCGACGUGUCCGGUCUGGUCAGCAUGUAAGACUUACCACCCAAACGAGCCCAGUGGAAACCCUCUGGUACCAUGUUAUUAUGAUCCAACUUCCUGGGUGGAGACAGCUGCCUCUCCCGAGUAUUUUAUGUUGCUGCGAAUGGUGUGUGAACGUAAAUAUGUCCAUUCUGUGAAACAUUAAGAAAUGUAUCACUUAUGUGCGGAAGAGGCGAAAGACAGUUAUUGUAACAAAUUAGGUAAACCAUCAUGAUCCCCAUCACAGAGCUCCGGUACUUUGUUGACACCCAGCCGGCGUACCGCAUCCUGAAGCCAUGGUGGGACGUCUUCACAGACUACAUCUCCAUUGUCAUGCUCAUGAUCGCCGUGUUCGGGGGCACGCUGCAGGUCACCCAGGACAAGAUGAUUUGCCUGCCCUGCAAGUGGGUGGUCAAUAAGUCCUGUGAGUACCUCAAUGUGAGCUUCCCAGACCCAUUUGCCUCUGAGCCCAAAGGCAUCAAGUAUGAACUCGAUCGGCACCAGUACAACUACAUUGACGCGGUCUGCUACGAGAACAAGCUACACUGGUUCGCCAAGUACUUCCCCUACCUGGUGCUACUGCACACCCUCAUCUUCCUGGCCUGCAGUAAUUUCUGGUUCAAGUUCCCCCGGACUAGCUCCAAAUUGGAGCACUUUGUAUCCAUCCUGCUCAAGUGUUUUGACUCGCCCUGGACCACCAGGGCUCUGUCCGAGACGGUAGUGGAGGAAAGCGACCCCAAGCCCCUGGGGAAGAUGAACGGUUUGGUGGACAAGAAGGCAUCUUGUGUCAGCGAGGACGUGGAGGCCAGCAUUCCUAUGCUCCAAAGGACUAGGUCCCGCAUCGAACAGGGCAUCGUGGACCGCUCCGACACCGGCGUCCUGGACAAGAAGGAAGGCGAGCAGGCCAAAGCUCUGUUUGAGAAGGUGAAGAAGUUCCGGAUGCACGUUGAAGAAGGGGACAUCGUUUACCGGCUCUACAUCCGCCAGACCAUCAUCAAAGUCGUCAAGUUCAUCCUGAUCAUCUGCUACACGGCCUACUAUGUGCACUACAUCAAGUUCAGUGUGAUCUGCAAGGUGGACAUUGAGAAGCUGACAGGCUAUAGGAUGUACCACUGUGCUCACCCCCUGGCCACCCUCUUCAAGAUCCUGGCCUGUUUCUAUAUCAGCCUGGUGGGGAUUUACGGUCUCAUCUGCAUGUACACCCUCUGCUGGAUGCUCAGCCGCUCCCUCAAGCGCUACUCUUUUGAGUCGAUCCGUGAGGAGAGCCACUACAGCGACAUACCCGAUGUGAAGAAUGACUUUGCCUUCAUGCUGCACAUGAUUGAUCAGUAUGACCCGCUCUACUCAAAACGGUUUGCCGUUUUCCUAUCGGAGGUGAGUGAGAACAAACUGCGUCAGCUGAACCUCAACAACGAGUGGACGCUGGACAAGCUGAGGCAACGCAUCACCAAGAACUCCCAAGAGAAACUGGAGCUGCACCUGUUCAUGCUUAGCGGAAUCCCUGACACAGUGUUUGACCUCCUAGAACUGGAGGUGCUCAAGCUGGAACUCAUCCCCGACGUCACUAUCCCCCCCAUCAUUGCCCAGCUGGUCAGCCUGAGAGAGAUGUGGCUCUACCACACACCAGCCAAAAUCGAGGCCCCAGCUUUGGCCUUCCUGAGGGAGAACCUGAAGUCCCUCCACAUCAAGUUCACAGACAUCAAGGAGAUCCCUCUGUGGAUCUACAGCCUGAAGAACCUGAGUGAGCUGCACCUCACAGGGAACCUGAGCGCAGAGAACAACCGCUUCAUCGUAAUCGAUGGGCUACGGGAGCUCAAGAGGCUCAAAGUGCUCCGUUUGAAGAGCAACCUGACCAAGCUGCCUCAGGUGGUGACAGACGUCGGAGUCCACCUCCAAAAGCUGUCCAUCAACAACGAGGGCACCAAGCUAAUGGUGCUCAACAGCCUGAAGAAGAUGAUGAACCUGACAGAGCUGGAGCUGUUGCGCUGUGACCUGGAACGAAUCCCGCACUCAAUCUUCAGCCUACACAACCUGCAGGAGAUCGACCUGAAGGACAACAAUCUCAAGACCAUCGAGGAGAUCAUCAGCUUCCAGCACCUGCACCGGCUGGUAAGCCUGAAGCUGUGGUACAACCAGAUCGCCUACAUCCCCAUCCAGAUCGGCACCUUGACGAACAUGGAGAGGCUCUACCUAAACCGCAACAAGAUCGAGAAGAUCCCGGGCCAGCUCUUCUACUGCCGCAAACUGCGCUUCCUGGACCUGAGUCACAACAACCUGACCAGUAUACAUGCCGAUGUGGGCUUCCUCCAGAACCUGCAGUACUUUGCUGUGACGGCCAACAGGAUCGAGUCACUCCCGCCGGAGCUGUUCCAGUGCAAGAAGCUGCGCACCCUGAACCUGGGCAACAACUGCCUGCAUACUCUACCGUCGCGCUUCGGCGAGCUGACGGGCCUGACCCAGCUGGAGCUGCGGGGUAACCGUCUGGAGUGCCUGCCCGUGGAGCUGGGGGAGUGCAGGCAGUUGAAGAGGAGCGGCCUGGUGGUGGAGGAGGACCUGUUCAAGACGCUGCCCACAGAGGUCAAAGAACAGCUGUGGAGGGCCGACAAGGAGCUGGUCUGAGGAGAGAGUCCAGAGAGAGAGAGGGAGCCUAAGGAGAGGAGGAAAGCGGGAGAGAGGAUUGGGCAGUGGAGGCUGAUGUCACUUUCAAUUGGAGGCCAUUCUCAAAUUGUGUCCGUAUUGCUGGACACGCAUCCAGAGAAGGAUGGAUGGAUGGUUGGUUGGUUGUUGUCUUGGCUCUCCUGGCUGAAUUAGUCUUUUUUAGGGUAACUGGUGGGACUGCCACAAUUACAGUAUAACCGUGUAACCGAUGAAGACAGUCAUAACCAUU